AUGCUAUCUGUGGAUUAUGGACCAGUUGGUGUGGGCGUCCAGCACAAAUAUGCCAGUUCCACCAUGUCCUCGGACACGUUGAGUGAAAGCUGUGGAAGUCGCAACAACAGGAUCAGAACGGUCAGAUUGGUGAGACCUGCCCAUGGCCCAUUGCCCGGCCUCAGUUUUCGACAUGGUCCAUUUUUGGGGUUCAGCAUCCGUGGUGGCCGCGAGCAUGGGACUGGUAUCUUUGUGUCGCAAGUUGAAAGCGGUUCAGAAGCUCAUGCUCAAGGAUUGCGCAUUGGCGAUCAAAUAAUUCGAGUUAAUGGAUUCGCAGUGGACGAUGCCGUACAUAAGGAGGUCCUUCAACUGAUAUCGAACCACACGCAUCUCACAUUGAAAGUUAGAGGUGUGGGAAUGAUUCCGGUGAAAGACAAAAAAACGGAUGGCUUGAGCUGGCAAAUUAUCACGGAUGCCGAUUCUCCUAUCAGGGAGUCGCCGCAAUUAGGAGACAAAUUGAACGACGUAAGGGUAAAUAUUCUAGUGGCACCAAAAAGUAAACUGGGCUGCGGGAUCUGCAAAGGUCCUGAUUGGAAGCCGGGGAUUUUCGUGCAAUUCACGAAAGAGGGUGGCAUUGCGAGAGAUGCAGGCCUCCGACCGGGCGACCAAAUUUUAUAUUGCAACAAUGUGGACUUUUUCGAUAUCCCUUUCAACGAGGCAGUCGCGUUGAUGAAGUCAUCCCGACAGCUCAAUUUAGUGAUCCGAAAAGCGGCAGGAUCCGAACUGUUUCCCGGUGAAUCCAGCGGGUACAACAGUUCGGCCAGUUCCGUGACCGGCGACCAAAGUCCCUCCUGGUCGGACUCGAAGAGGCUCUCUAUUGUGAAAGAGGAGAAUCUGGACCUGGGCGAACGUCUGAACAACUUGGACAAAUUCAAACACCUGGUCAACGUAAAGAAAUGGGACUCCUGGGACGAUGAGCCCGAAGACAAGCCCCUUUUCAAACCCACCAUAAUCAAUUUAACGGAAAGCGGCACCACGAUUCACAACAACGGGGCCGAAGAGUCCAUUGUUGAAGAGUUCAACACUUCAUCCAGCAGCAGUCUGAGCGGUCAUAACUUUGUCGACUUAGGCCAGGCCAAAGGAGGCGAAAACAUUUACGCAACUACAAAAAAAGAGCGGGUGGUUGUGGAGGUGCAUCAAAGCGACCCCAAAAGCAAACCUCCUCUCAUGAAAAGUGCCUCCAACAGCAGUUUCAGCAGCUUUGCUAGCAACGCAACCAGUUGCAGCUUGUCUUCGGCGAUUACUUUAGAGAUUCAACGGCGGCAACAAAAAAUUGCCAAUGAGAAACCGUCCAUAGAUGAGCAGUUGCAAAAGAAGAAAAUCUUCAAAGGGGUGGACAGCGACAAGCAGUUUCAGCACAGCAAGCUGAUGGACGAGUUCAAAAGGGCACAUAAAAAAAUGUUCAAGAGUUCUGAGGCCGUGGAUGUGGAGAAGUUAUCAAAUAGUGUUACGGAUCUGAGCGAAGAUCGACUCAACAAUAAUGCGAAAACUAAAGAGCUAACAGAGCGGUUAGCUGAGCUGCAGAACAGCGUCACAGAAGAAACGAAAAGACUGACCAUAAGCAAAGCAAAUUCAGCGGUGUCCGCUCCGCCACCUCCACCCCCCCCGCCGCAAUGCAGCAGUGUUACCAGUAGUGUGUCUUCAACACCUUCAUCUUCUGCGCCCUCAACCCGCUCAAAUACAUUGAAAAGCACCAAAGUGAAACCGAAAGCACCGCCUGUGCCUGUGAAGUAUUCUGUGCUUUCCUACACUUCGCAAAAUGGGUUCAAGAAGGCUACAAAUGGUUUUGCUUCUUCGCCAGGGAAUGGAAAUGAGCCGCCACCGUGCCCCAGUCCGGAUUAUGAUACGUUGAGUUUGGCAAGUUCAACUUCCAGCAGCGUAGCGACCCGGAAAGCUUCUACUGGUGACAAGGAAUCGGCCGAAAUGGAGUCUUUGGAGUCAUUUCGCAUCAACAAUCCCGCCAAUGUAAAGCCCAGGCCGCCUAGUACAUAUUUCCACAAACGAAUCUUGUCCAAUACGCUCUCGAAUCAGUCGAGUAGUUCAGUGAGCACAAUUAGAAGGAAUAGACCCGUUAGUAUAACCAUUGGGGAGUAUCCGUCUAUGAGAAGGCAGCCAGGGAAGUUGGACUUUCUUCAAGCCAGCCAAGACACGGUUGAUGUUGGGGGAAACGACGAAAGUCUGGGGAACCGCUUAUCCUCCGAACUGGCUCAAACGUUGAAGCGAUCGAAUUUGAAGCUGCGAACCGAAUCGAUGGAAAACUUGUUAGACAACUCGUCGCAUAAACCGAGUCAAAUUAAAACGCAGAAAAACGGAGCCGUUCGAAUUUCGCUUAAUAACCUAUCGAAAGCCUUUGCAAAGUCGACUAGCGAUCUGACAGAAGACUUUGACGAUCACUAUGACACGCUGCCCCUCAGAAAUAGGGUGACGAUAAACGUCCAUCUCAUGAAACCUAACGAAACUCCGAACGGAAUUUUGAAAAACGGAAAUCCCGAUUGCGCGUUAUCAUCCGGUCACAAAAUAGUGACCCCUCAGAAAAGUAUUACUUUUGGAGAGAUGCCAACCCUGAUAAAGGAUAAAUCAGCAGGAAAAAGUUAGCAGCUCUACAGGAUUCGGUACUGAACCACAUAACGAAGCUAAUCUGUGCAAUUUUAUAUAAAUUAUUAUAAUGUUUCCGUUUAUUGUACUAUAAAUAAAUUAAUAAGUUAGGACGAUUUCUUUGUGAUAAGAUUUAUAUUUAUAUAUUAGUGGCGAUGUCGUUGGCUCAACAACAGUGUUUGAAACCGAAUAGUUGGGAAUUAAUCGACUGUUUCAACAUUGCUGGAUCAGAAAAUGCCCUUUUCGUUUCCAAGUGGAAAUUAGUUUAUUAACUAAGCGCAUCGUAGGUAUAUUAAUUUAUGUAUACAUAAGAUUAAACCUAUACAAAAUUUA